CUCGGCCGUCUUUAUUUCAUAGUCAUUUUGGCAGUGAAUGACACAUCUAGUUGGUCUUGCUGAACAGCUUUAGCUGCAUUUUGUUAUACACACACACACCCCCCCCACACACACACACACCACACAAUGACACUUUGAAGGAAGAGGUGGGGCCACACUGAAUGGAGAAGUCACAACCCCCCAGUGUCAUUAGAAGGCUCUUGGCGUGACAGCUGCAGUCAAUACAAGAUUCUGCUUCUACGAAGAACAUCUGAAAUUUGUUUCCUGCUGGCCCCAGUGUGUUCAUCAUGGCAGCUGUCACCUGUGUGCUGUGGGAAGACAACUUUCUGUGCUCCAUCUGCCUGGAUGUGUUCACGGCUCCCGUCACCAUACAGUGUGGACACAACUUCUGCAAAGCCUGCAUCAUUGAAAACUGGAGAGUCAAUAGAAAACGCCAAUGCCCCGUCUGCAAAAAGUUUUGUGACACCAGAAGUGAGAUGCACGUCAAUACCUUCAUAUCUGAGAUGGUGGCUCAGCUAAGGCAGUCGGCCGUGAAGCAUUCUUUGGAAGUUGUCCAAGCAGGUGAGGUUCCCUGUGAUAUCUGCGCCGGGACCAAGCUGAAGGCUCUCAAGUCCUGCCUGGUGUGUCUGUCCUCGUAUUGCGAGACUCACCUGGAGCGACAUCGGACAGUGUCAGGGCUGAAGAAACAUAAGCUUAUUGAGCCUCUGGUCAACCUUGGAGGUAGAAUGUGUACAAAGCAUGAUGAACUCAUGGAGCUGUUCUGCAAGACAGACCAGAUGUGUGUGUGUCACCUUUGUAAUGAGCUUAACCACAAGUCACACCACGUUGUAACCCUGAGUGAGGAAUGUGAAGAAGAGAAGACUGAGCUGGCGAGGACGGAGGCUGAAUUUCAGCGCAUGAUCGAGGAGAGGCGGCUGAAGGUGCAGGAGCUCAGAGGGUCAGUGCAGCUUAGCAAAGAAGCUGCAGACAAAGCAGCAGCAGAUUGUAUACGUGUCUUCACUGUCCUGAAGCAGCUUUUGGAGACGGAUCUGUCCAAGGUCACUGAAGAGAUCAAGAGGAAACAGGAAAUUACAGCAAAUUACACCAAGGGCCUCAUGGAAGAGCUGGAUCAGGAGAUCUCCGAGCUGACAAGGAGAAACAGCGAGGUUAAGCAGCUCUCACACUCUGACGAUCCCGUCCACCUCCUCCAGAACUCCUCAUCCCUGAGGGCCUUCCCACCCACUAAAGACUGGGAGAAAGUCAGUCUCCAUCAGCCAUCAUUUGAGGGGGCCGUAGCCAGAGCCGUGGCACGCUUCAAGGAGACUCUCAGUAGAGACACGAUGGAUCUGCUUCAGGCUGAACUGAAGAGGGUGCAGCAGUACGCGGUGGACGUGACCCUCGACCCUAACACGGCGCAUCCCACACUCAUCCUGUCUGCUGAUGUGAAACAAGUGAAUCACAGAGAUGUGGACAUGACUCUUCCAGACCACCCGGACAGAUUCUCUACUUGCAUCCUCGUCUUGGAGAGGCAGAGUUUCUCCUCUGGCAGGUUUUACUAUGAAGUUGAGGUUAAAGGGAAGGCUAAGUGGGAUUUGGGAGUGGCCAGUGUGUUGGCAAACAGGAAAGGACAAGUCACAUCAGGCCCAGAAGCCGGCUUCUGGACCCUGCAGUUAAGGAAUGGAAAUGAGUACACAGCUCUUGCCGACCCUGACAUCUUGCUCUCGCUGAAAUCGCGACCUCUGAGGGUGGGUGUGUUUGUAGAUUAUGAGGAGGGUGUGGUCUCGUUUCAUGACGUUGACGCUGCAGAUAUUAUCUACUCCUUCACUGGCUGCGCCUUCAACGACAAACUCUGCCCUUUCUUUAGUCCUUGCUUCAAUGACGGUGGUGUAAACUCUGCCUGUCUCAGAAUCUCUGCUGUUCAGAAAAGCUGAUUGGAUCAAGAGUCAUUGGUUACCAGACACAGCUCCCCGCCCAAAACACACACACACACACACACACACACACACACACUCAUCAUCUCAUUUGCUUUGACUGUAAACUAAAUGUUAUGGAAAGCUAUCCAUGGAUAUUGUGGCAAUAAUCAUCCUCACAGUUUAACAUUGUUUUAAUUGUUUCGGCCAAAUUAAUGUUGGGUGAUGAGUUGCUUCAUCUAUUUAUCUGUUACUUUUACUUUUCGCAGACUUGAUGUGUAGAUAUGCAAUUUAUCAUAACAUUUUUUGUGCUAAAUAAAUGUAGGAUUACGAUUAUUGCUUAACAGAGAUAGAAUCACAGAAGUAAUGCACGUAGCAUCCCUCACAAUCCUUUUUCACGUUGUUAUCAACUUGUUAUUAAUUGUUUUAGUCGUAAUAGAUCAUUGUAAUUUAAAUCUCUCUAUUGUUGUGUAUUUAGUAUUUAGUUUUUUGUGCCAGGGUUUAUGUUACAGUGUAAACACAUUUAUAAGUCGAACAAAAUGCUAUUUAUUUGCCUUAAUAUGAUGUUGUUUUAAUGCUUUAUCAUUGAAUAUUGUAGUUUGUUGUUACUGUCAUUUCCAUGGUUUGAUGGAUGAAUAAAUUAAUUCUGGGCUCUUGGAUAUCCAGAAGAUGGUGCUCAUCUGCCACUGUUACAUCCAGCUGACAUCUUGUUUCUUCUAUCCACUGUUUUUUUGUAUAAUGCAGCAAGUAGAACCUGUGCAGGUUUCUUUUGGGGGGUCCAACAUAGGCCAGUGCCCCUGUAGCAUUGAGCCUAGACCCCCCUGUGGCCCCCCCUCCUACUGAAGACUAUAAUAAUAAUAAAAUGAUUGCUCUCUGAUACGAAAGGUGGAAUAGAUGUGUGUGGCUCAAUAUUCUAGUCCAGAGAUGUCAAACUCAAGGUAAAAAUAUCAUAUCUAUCUUAAAUAGGACGCAGAGGUGUUUGUGAAAAAAAAAGCUUCAUGGGCCGAGCUAGGGUGAGCAAUGCCCGGCUACAUGCACACAGAGCGAGUGCUCCUCUCCGCCGAGUAUUUGAUGAUAUUAACUAACACGCUUUUCUCUGGGAUGAAGAUGAACAAAGGAGUUGUCUCACUGAUGCACACCUUCACUCCAUCUUGAGAAUUUCCACAGAACCUAACUCCAAACAUUAAUGAACUGGGUAAAAAAAUAAAAGAAGAAUGAAGCCGACCUAAAUAUGUUUUCUUUUUGCACUUUAUCCAAUAUCCUGUCCAUCCUGUUUAAUAAAUGUUGACUAUGUUUGGCCCUCUCAGGUCCACCAUAACUGAUGAGAGACUAAGCAAAAGUAUCAAGUCUAGGAGGGCAAAUGCUUUAAAUCUUGACUCAUUUGUUGAUCGUUUUGCCAAAAUCACAAAAACCGCAUAAUAUAGUUGCUCUCAUUCUACAAAUUCUCAUUUUCAAUAUAUUAA